AUGAAACAGCCGCAACACAUUCUGUUCCAGGAGAAGUGGGAUAUAGACAAGCUGCCAUUUGAUGACAUCGAAAUCAACUCUACAGCCUACCACGGCCAGGAUAAUAUUCUUCAGGAGUUUUUGGCGUCGGCAGAAGACCAAGACAGCGAUCUAAACAUAAUCAAUGGCGCAAAUCCGAUGUUCAACUCGUCGUAUGCAAACAGGAUGCGCCAGAAACACAAGAAACUAAACUGGAAAGACCUUGGUCUUGCAGAACUGCUGUCAGAUAAGAAUCACGUUCACGACCAGACAAUUCUUGCCAAACCCCAGUUUGGAACCUCUGAGCCGCAAACGGCCUCCGAGUCGCCUCACGAGAGAACUGAAGAGCAGGUUCUGCCGGACUCUGACAUAGCGGAACUGGAAGAGCCCGAGACAGAGGAGUUCGCUACGCCUAUCAUUCCUAAUCGUACAAUUCAUCAAAAUCUAUAUUCUAGACAGCGCAAGCUCAGAAAGCCUUCCACCGAGUACCAGACGCCCCAAUCGCAUGCCCGCAUCAUUAGAUAA